GACAGUCAUGACUCCACACAUUUACGUGAUUUAAGGACUAAUAUAUAAUAUAACAGACGCUAGAUAUCUCUCAGAUUCUGUGGGCAAUUAUAAAAAUGGACAUAUUUUUCUAAAUGAAGUGAAAUGGACACAUUUAUAUGAUAAAAGCACAUUUCUAGUGUUAGUGGUCCAUAUGAGACGAUGGGUGGCGCUAAACACUCACCAAGACCUUAGACCGAAACCUUCAAUAGAAACGCCCUUGUUUGGAUCGUAAACAACAGCACAGAUGAAAAGAAGAAGAAGAAGAAAAAAAAAAAAAAAAAAAAAAGGAACAGGGUAUUGAAACUGGUUUCAGAUCGGUGUCAAUUUCACAGACGAGUGUCUGGGGUCUGUGCUGUAAUUCAGCAGCUCUGUCUGGAAACAGUUAUGGAAACUGUCCGUGUUGAAGGGAUUUACAGAUGCGGUCUGCUGUAACAUCAUUGUAGAAACCAAACGUAGGAAUAAGGGCCUCACCGAAGUUAGUGGAGCCAACAGUGAGUGUUGGUACACUGUUGGGACAUCCUGUUUGACAGCUUUGCACUGCAGAGAGAGAAAUCCUCAAGUGUGGUUGAGUUAUGGAGGAGCCUGAGACAAAGGAGUCUGUAAAAUGGACAGAGAUGAGCAGUAUUACCGAGACCACAGAAGAUAUCAUCAACCCUUGCCUUACAUUUUCUGAUGUGAAUCAGAACAAGAUGAAAGAGACAGAUGAUAUGGAAUUGGAUGCCACUAAGCACAAUUCAGAGAACAGGAGCUCACAAGAGAGGUCUCAAAACAACAUCAAGAGCCAUAGUCACUCUUUAGAUCAAGACACUUGUUCUGGCCUUCUGCCACCUGGGCCCAGUCCUUUUCUUCUGGCUUCACUGCAGUCCCUUGUUGAAGACAAUGAUCACAUGCUCCUCCCUCAUUCCUUACACCAGAUAGCCGAGGCCUACUUCCUUGAAGAGGAUUAUCAGUGGGCAGUGGAAUUUCUCCAACUAGAGAAGCUGUACCAUGAAAGACUGCUGUCUAAUCUGGCCUCUAUACAGGAGCAAUGGGAGUCCCAGUGGAAGGACGGUGUCCAAAUGAAAAGUAACUCUCCUUUAAACGCUAAUGGAACGGACAGGGAGAGAGAGCAUAUGGAAUCGCUGAGUCACAUCUGCAGAACACACCAGAGAUCUAACCUCCCUGAAGAAAAGAACAUGCUACAAUACAGCCCAACCCAUGUGAUGGAACACAGAGGCUCAAAACAAGCACAAGCUUUAAUGAACUCAACCGUGAAAGAAAACUGGGUGGAUGACUCCAGCUCAUGGCUAGAAGUUGAACUGGAGCCAGAAGAAGACUGUGAAGUAAAUGAGGAGGAGGAAGGUCUCGAGGAAGAUGAGUGCUGGAAUGAGGAUCUGCAGGAAGAGGCAGAGAUUGGUGGCCAGGGGCCUGUGGAUGAGCUGGCCAAACUCAUUCAGGUAGAGGAGAUGUUUCCCUCAGAUGGUUUAGUGUCUAUAUUAAAAAAGAGAGUUUGCAUAAGAGGAGCAGAGAAUCUUAAUCCUGCUCCAGACAAAGACUCAACUAAGCGCAAGGUCCGCUUUAGAGAGCCAGAUGAUGCUUUCGAUCAAGAUGAGUCAACUAGAAACUCUUGCCUCAUUCUUCUCCUCUUGUGUCUGGUUACCAUCGUGAUAAGCAUCAGUGGGACUGCUCUUUAUUGCCUCAUUGGAGAGGCGUACUCUAAUGUUUGUGUCAACUUCUCUCAUAACAUGGACUUUUAUUUUGGACCUGUACGACGAGGAGUGGACGCUCUCACACAGUAGCUCUCUUCUGGUGAAUCAUAGUAGUUAUUUUACUCAACUUUAAGUGGAACUUUGUCUUUACAUUAUAAUUUCCUUGGACUGUCUAUGGGCAGACAACAGUAUUCAUCUGAGAUUAUUAUGCACUAAUGCACAUUACGAGACUGGCCUUAAUAAAUAUUUAUGUAUUAAGCCUAUACAAAUCACGCAGGGCUUCCUAAUGCAUAAACAGGCUUGGAUACUUGAUAUUGGUACUAAAUCAGGCUUAGAGGAGAAGAUGAUCUUAAUAUACAGGUACUACUGCCAUUCCUCUGAUAAGCAACUACACGCAUUGAAAGAAAUGCAUUUGGAGCCAGUAACUCUUAAACUAAUUUUCUUUAAUGCUUCAUGUACAUUUUUGUACACUACACUCCAUUCUUAUCUUUGUACUUAAUUUUUUAUUGAGAUAGUCUUGGCAACUUACAUUAGUACUUUAACCACUGAAACUAAGAUAUCAAUAUGAAUAAGACAGAAUGUGUGUAUGUAACCAUGUUAACUUAUGGGAUGUUAACUUAUCAAACACAGAUGGCUUUAUGAUUGACAUUUCCAAGCACAUACCGAAUAGUACAUUUGUUGUACAAUAAUGAUGAUUGGUUUUGACUUGGUUCUGUCAGUUCAGUGCUAGAUCCUUUCCUCUGUGGUCUCCAACAAACAAUAGUAUUUGUUUUUUUUUUUUUUUUUUUGUU